AUACAUAUUGGCCAGGGCGGUGUGCAAAUUGGUAAUGCGUGCUGGGAACUUUACUGCCUAGAACACGGUAUUCAACCAGAUGGUCAGUUACCGAGCGAUAAAACCAUCGGCGGUGGAGACGAUUCCUUCAAUACAUUCUUUAGCGAAACUGGCGCCGGCAAACAUGUUCCUCGCGCCGUAAUGGUCGACUUAGAACCAACGGUUGUAGGCAAGUGUUUUUUUAUUUCGGAUACUGUUCGGACGGGCACCUAUCGUCAACUGUUUCACCCAGAACAACUAAUAACUGGCAAAGAGGACGCUGCUAAUAACUACGGCCGUGGCCACUACACGAUCGGCAAGGAGAUGAUUGACCUCAUUCUUGACCGCAUCCGUAAGCUGGCCGAUAAUUGCAAUGGUUUGCAGGGAUUCUUCUUCUUCCACUCAUUUGGAGGUGGGACCGGCUCUGGCUUCACUUCCCUGCUGAUGGAGCGCGUCAGCGUAGACUACGGCAAGAAGUCCAAGUUGGAAUUUGCCAUCUACCCCGCUCCGCAAGUCUCUACUGCCGUUGUUGAGCCGUAUAACUCCAUUCUCUGCACUCACUGUACACUGGAACAUUCAGACUGUUGCUUCAUGUUUGACAAUGAAGCCAUCUACGAUGUAUGUCGGCGUAGCCUUGAUAUCGAGCGGCCAACGUAUACCAACCUCAAUCGCCUAAUAGCUCAGGUCGUGAGUUCUGUUACCGCAUCACUCCGUUUUGAUGGGGCGCUCAACGUUGACCUGAUUGAAUUCCAGACGAAUUUAGUGCCCUACCCACGAAUCCAUUUUCCUCUGGCCACCUAUGCACCCACCAUCUCUGCUGAGAAGGCAUACCACGAACAACUGUCGGUGAGUGAGAUCAGCAAUAGCUGCUUUGAACCCGCAAACCAAAUGGUUAAAUGUGAUCCUCGUCAUGGAAAGUACAUGGCCUGUUGUAUGCUCUAUCGAGGGGACGUAGCCCCGAAGGAUGUGAACAGUGCCAUCAGCAGUAUAAAAAUGAAGAAGACAAUUCAGUUUGUCGACUGGUGUCCCACCGGUUUCAAGGUCGGCAUAAACUACCAACCGCCGACUGUCGUGCCGGGUGGAGAUCUCGCUAAAGCGGACGAUGAAGAGGAGGAUGAGGAAGAAGAAGAAGACGAUGACGAAGAUGAAGAAGAGGAGGAUGAUGAUGAUGACAGCGAACGAUGA